GUAAGAAAGUAUUUGAGCAGUGUGGGCAUGAGAGAGACACUGUGAGACUGUGAGAGACAGUUAGAGAGCCAGAGAAGAGCAAAAGAAAAGGGGGAAGUUUGAUAAGCAUCCGGGGGAAAUGCAUUAGCCUUGCAUUAAGCUCCAGCGAGAGCCUGUUCAUCCGCUGAGGAAGGGUAUGAGUGUGAGAGGAGCUCAGAGGCGUUAUGUGUCCACCCUCAGGAUACAGCUAUCAGUACCAGCGUCUGGAGGAGGCAGGAGGCAGCCCACCAGACCCUUGCAUAACCUCACUGCCUCGAGGAAGACCGGAGAAGGCACACCAGACUCAGUGGCUGAGGGUAAUGGCCUGCUGGGCAUUCGGAACCCACCACUUUUCUUGGAGCCCCUUCAGGAUUGCCUGGUAGACGAAGGAAAUGACUUCACCCUAAGGGCAGUCAUCACAGGGAGCCAGCCAAUCAGUGUUUCCUGGCUUCAUAAUGGUAAGGUGGUGUGGUACGGUAAAUCUUCCUUUAUAGGAAGAGAGGCGAUCCUGGUUGUUAGAGAAUGCCUCCCAGAGGAUGCUGGAGCUUACACCUGUGUAGCUGAAAAUGCUUCAGGAAAAACCUCCAGCAGCUCAGCGGUGUGUGUUAAAGAAAUGAUUAUUGGUGUCUGGAGCAAUCCCACCCAGUCCUCCCGCAGUCCUCCAUCCUGCUUCUUAUCACCACAUAUUCCCGUACUGGAAACCAGGGGCUUGUGCUCCCCCAGUUCACCCCGGAACACUCUGGAAGGAUGCAAGUUAUCCCAGUUUGGAAGUCCUGAAAUACUGUUGCCAGCACACAGGAAGGAGGUGCCAGUGAAGAGGAGAAGCAGUUCAGCGACAGUACCCCCUAUGAAGAUAGUGGACCCCCCUGAUCUUGUGGAGGUGCGUGCUGGAGGGUGUGCCCGACUGAGCUGCGUCUUCAAAGGCAGCAUCCCAAUAGUGUCCUGCUGGACACACAACAAAAAAGAGGUGUUUGAAGACUCCAGGCUAAGUAUAGAGAGCAGUAGCAAGGGCAGCAGUCUGGUGAUCUCUGAGGCCCAGCCCGAGGACUCUGGCUUCUACACUCUAACUGCACGAGACCGCAACAGCUUCGCCCACCACACUCUCACCCUGUCCGUCAUUGAGCGUCCCCAGCCCCCUUCCUCGUGCCCCGUGGUGUGUGUCCUUUCCCCAGACUCUGUGGUGCUGUCCUGGUCAGGACCGUGCUACGACGGUGGCUCGGCACUCACAGGCUACCUUGUGGAAGUCCUGUCCUUAGGCCCUGACCAGACAGGCCACUGGAGUGAACUCUCUGCCAACUGCAAGAGUACCUCACUCAGGGUGCGCUCUGGUCUACAGCCUCAGGGGCAGUACCGUUUCCGGGUGAGGGCCUGUAACGCUGUGGGGGUUAGUGAGCCCAGUGAGGAAUCCCAGCCAAUCAAGAUGGAUGCUCCAGCGGAGCUACAGGACGAGAUGACUGAAUAUGUGAAUGUUACUAUUGAUGACAAACACAAAGUCACUGACCAUUACAAUGUACUGGAGAGAUUAGGAACAGGAAGGUUUGGUCAGGUAUUCCGGCUGACCCAUAAGGUUACAGGGCAUGUGUGUGCUGGGAAGUUUUAUAAAGGUCGGCGGACAAGCGAGAGAGAGGCAGCCAAGAAGGAGAUCACACUAAUGAACUUCCUCCACCAUCCCAAACUUGUGCAGUGUUUGGCAGCUUAUAACAACAAGCCUGAGAUAGUGAUGGUGAUGGAGUUCAUCGCAGGUGGGGAGCUGUUUGAGCGCAUUGUGGAUGAUAAUUUUGAGCACACAGAGCCAACGAGUGUUGGAUACAUGUGUCAGAUCCUUCAGGGCAUCGAGUUUAUGCACAAGCAGAGCAUUGUCCACCUCGACUUGAAGCCCGAGAAUAUUGUGUGUGUGAACAGAACUGGCACUCAGGUUAAAAUCAUAGACUUUGGCCUCGCCAGCAAGCUGGAUGCUUCCAGUCCUCUGAGGGUGAUGUAUGGAACUCCAGAGUUUGUGGCCCCAGAAGUCAUCAGCUAUGAACCUGUUGGUCCAGCCACAGAUAUGUGGAGCAUUGGAGUGAUCUGCUAUAUACUGCUCAGCGGAGAGUCCCCGUUCCAGGGUGGCAGUGACUCUGAGACCCUGGCACUUGUGACUGCAGCCGAGUGGGAGUUUGUUGAUGAGAGCUUUGAGGAUAUCACUGAGCAGGCCAAAGACUUCAUCAGCUCUCUGCUGCACAAAGACACCAGACGUCGUAUGUCCUGUGAGGAAGCGCUCUUCCACUCCUGGAUGGUGGCGUUCAAGUCUGAACAGCCUAAUACAGCGAAGAAUCUCUCCAAAGAGAAAAUGAAGAAGUUCUUGGCCAGGCAGAAAUGGAAGAAAACGGGCAAAGCUAUGCUGGCUCUGAAGCGGAUGUCCAUGCUGACCAAAGCAGACAACUCUGCUUCACUACCCAGCUCUGCCCACGAGCAUGCUCUGAAGUCUCUGGAGAAGAAGAUGCAGUUGAAGCCUGAGUUCACCAAGAGUCCAUUUGAUCUGUCUGUGUUUGAGGAUUCCACAGCCCAGUUUUUCUGCCAGAUUGCAGGUUACCCGGAUCCUGAGGUGGUGUGGUCCAGAGAGGGUGAGCCUCUGGAAGAGAGCGAAGGUUCUGUGAAGAUUGAAUACGAGGAAGAUGGGACCUGCGUUCUCACCCUGGAGAACGCCUCCCUACAGCACAGUGGCACAUACUCUUGCAGAGCCACAAACAUCCAUGGGGAGGCGCUGUGCUCUGCUAAACUCACUGUUGUGGACCAGGAAGAUGCCAUGAUGUCAUAAAACACUUCUUCUAGAGUCAGACAGUUAAGAAUAUACAUCACAACUUACUUUCUCUUGCACUCAUUAUUUCUCGCACACCUACUAUAUCCUUUUCCAGAAAUGUUUUUAAUCUAAUUUACUCUGUUAUCUAAUAAACUCUGAUUGUUUGAGAAAAACACUUACAUUGUUUAAGACUCUACUAAUGGUGUAAUAGUCUCAGUUGAUCUUACAUGUUUUAACAUUUUGUAUUGUUGCCAAGUUAAUACCCCACCUAAAAAAAAAUUAUUUAAAUAAACUAUAGUAUACUAUUUCUAAAUGCAUUUGUAUGUGAAUUUGCUUAUAGUGUGUGAAUAAGUCCCUCAGUGUGGUCCCAUGUAUAGGGCUCAGUGUGAUUGAUGGGUUGUGGGUUCAAAGCAGGGCUCUCACAGACCGGUGGGUUGUGGUUUCGAGGUGGGGCGCUCGUGGACCUGUAGCUGAGGUGUGGUUGCUGCUUGCAGCACUCCAGCCUGCAGAUCUCAUAGUACUCAUUUUGUUUAUAGUUUCCAUUCAGCCUGUGGAAGUGUGGGAUAGUUAUAAUAUCUCUAAUAUUCAUCGACACAUGAAUUGUAGUGAUUGUCCAGUGAACACAGAAUAUUUUAUGCAAUGCAAACCCAAUUCAGUGUCCUAUUCUGUAUUUAAAAUAUUUUUAUUUUGGUGGUUGUUAGUAGAAGUCCUUGGGCUGUGGGUGCUAGUUUUACAGUUUCUUGUUAUGCUCAGUGUAGAACUAGAAGUGAAUUCUACCCACAGUACUCAAUUUGGAUUCUUAGCUAUUUAAUCACAAUUGUGCUUGAACACAAAUGUAAAUGUACUCGCAUAUAAUAGUGUUUAAUCCAACCCUCUGGCUGAGUGCCAGGAAUGAGUUAACUUUCUUCAUAUCCUUAUUAAUUGUCAACUCAACACAAAAGCAUUCUACUAGACCUGAACUUCCUUUUGGACCUGUUUCUCCUGAAGCCCAAAGCUCUAAUCCUCUUGGUCCCCACUCCUUAAUUCCCCAAGAUCCUGUACACAGUGAUAGGAUAUGCUCUUAGUGUGAUUUGAUUAUUAGUGUGUGAUUACUGUAGUGCUAAACCAACAAUGGUAGUAAGACGAAUCUGAAACAUCAGAAUGAUGGAAUGAUGGAAUAAUUUAGAGUUAGUUAAAUCAUUUAUAAACUCUUCAUACCUUAAUGACAACAGCAGGAGAGGGUGGGUGGACAGGUGUCCAGUGAAGCAGACCAUCGCUGGUUUUACUAGACACUUUCACAGUAAGGGCAAAAAAAGACAAUAUCUUCCCAGGACAAAACCAGUGCAUUGCUUUAGGUCAUGGUGUCAUGGUGUCAUGAGGGUCCCUUGCUAACAUCCUUGUCUCUCUGACAUAGUCACACCACUGGUUUUCCUUUGCAGCCUGCAAAAACUGGAACAAUCCACAUGUUGCCACAACUAUAAAGCAAAAAUCUAAAUGUUUGGAAUUUGGAAUUCUAAAUGUUAUUUCCACCUUGAAUUUAAUCCUAUCUUUCCUAGUACUUAAUACUGUCUGUCACUGUCUAUGAUGAACAUGCCUUUGAUAUUCAAAUGCAAAACUAAACCCAGCCCUGGUCUGUGUGUAUUUGUUUUCUCUCUGUGAACAGACACAGUGGAUAGAUAUGAAAAUAAAAUUAUUAUUAGUUCCGUUUAUAUUGCGCCUUACUGGAACUCAAGAACGCUUUACAGACAGAUACAAUCACUCAGACAGCUUUUAUAAUCACUCACACACACAAAUGAGAAGCAGCAAUUUGUGCACCACAUCAGAGAUCACAGGGUGCAUGGAAACACACACACAGGCUGAUGUCUGGCACAGGCAUCAGUGUGAAGACAUCUUUGACACCAUGUGCCAACACCACAUAGAACAUAAAUAAAAAAUGUUACUUAUAUUAAAUACAUAUCUAAAUUGCAUUGGCUCAAGGAUGACAAGUUUACAUGCCAAUCCUGCCAAGAGGACACCCAUCCACAUGUAUGGCUUCAUUUACACAUUUGUACUGCUGCAAACCCUCUACAUUAUGGAUGAAUUAAAGUGGUUUUCUGGCUGCAUAACAAUAUAUCUUUGCCUAAUCUUAAUGAACAUCUGUUAAAGUGAAGUGUAACUGCAUGUCACUUACACUUUGACUGACAGUUUGCUUGUUUAGCUGAUGUAGGACCUCUGUCUGAAAUGUCCUCAUGUUUAUAGGUGAUUCAUAAGUGUCCACUAGUUUUAUAGAAUAGAGGCAGCUCAGAGCCAGUUGAAAGCAAACAGCUCAAUCAGGCCUGAAGAUGAGGGCAUUCGCUAUGGUCAUGCCUGACACUGCUGACACAACCAACCAUAUUUAGAACCACACUGCCACCUGCCAAGACCAGUACCCCUCCACCCAGCCAUGUGAGCUGAAAUGAACAGCUGUUGCAGACCAUAGACCUCAGAAAGUUAGCUCAACUGACAAGGCUGGGGGUACUUCCCUCUGAGGGGAGGUUCACAAAGGAAAACUUUCAAACCUACACAAGUCUCCAUUGUUUAUGAACAACAUACUUUAUGCAAAAGCCACAGACCAGCCAUUUUUACAUGGUGAGAAAUGUUGACUGAUUAGACGAAUCUUGGGCCAUUCUCUUCUAAAGUCAAAGGUUAGGUAGCUAAAUAGUAGAGUCCUUAUUGUCAACAAGCACUAAGCACACUAUUACACACAGAAGGUGCGAGUGGAAGGAUGACAUGCAACACUCAAACAUGUCCAAGAAGUUACAUUUCAGCACACCUAUAAGUUGUGUACCUUAGAGAACGUUUUAAGGAAUUCAAAUUCCAUUAGUGUAAGCAAGCCACCCCAAAACCAAACAGGCAAUAACAGAUUAAUGAAAUUUAAUUGUUCAGUGCAUGUUUUAUUUAGGUUUGCUCACUCUCUUCAAACAAAGGAAAAAAAAAAUGUUGCAUAAGGGGGUUAAAGUUAAGGGUCUCGCAUAGGCAUCAUCAUGAAAACAUCUUUUGAUGUGGCCAUGUGACAAUUACCGCACACAGAAGAUAAAUAAAAAUUGUUACUUACAUUAAAUAUAUAGAUUGCAUUGGCUCAAGGAUGCCAAGUUUACAUGCCAAGCCCUUGUUAUAUUAAAAAAACAGAACAAAACUGUAGUUUCUCUAUAAAAUGCAGUUUGUGAACAGGUUUGUGAAAUGAAGGCUCAGGGUACUGCCAAGUACUGCAAAAUGCACCAUUCCUUUCCUCAUGCACCCAGUUCUGGUAAGAAAACAACAAACAAAAAACACCCCACCCAACCCGUUAGCUGUUAGAUGCAGCAGUGACCUAGCUCCCUGAACAGAGAGCAGGAUGAUGGGGAGGGACUGGUGAUGUGCAGGUUAUGGUUGCAUCAGCCCCCAGUAUAGAUGUGCAUGCCUUUUCCCACCUACAGGUCUCCUCGAGUGCUCCUCGUGUCCGUUUCACGUCUGUGUAUGUGUGUGGUCUGGGUGUGUUCCAUUCCAGACCAAGUUCUGUAUUCUACUGCCGAGUUCCACGCUUGCACCCAGUCAAGAGACAAGGCUCUGCCCACCCCGUGAGAGGGAAAAAAAAGAAAGUGGAAUGAUGACCACUGGACAAGGCUAGCAAUAAGAGCAGCGAGAUUUGUUUUGGAGAUGUGUCUGUAAUCGAUUGGUUUGAUAAUUGACCUGGUACAUGACCUCUCC